AUGCGUAUAAUGCACCUUUACUAUCUGUGCAUGGAAUACUCUCUUGAAAUUCGAUUGAUACAAAGCACCAAUUUCAAAAAGGAUUGGUCAGAUCACGCCCUAUGGUGGCCCACGCGAAACAAAUGGCUGUCCCGCCCGAAACAUACGCUGGACCAGUACGGAGUCCAUGCUGAUGCUGCUCUCCACUUCACACCAAUGCACAAACCCCUGCGGAUCCAGUUACCAGACCUGCGUUACAUCGACUGCAAGAUUGACUUCUCCAUUGACACUUUCAGCGCUGUUGUCCAGUUGUGCAAGAGUCUAGGUAUACGGCAUCCAGAAGAGUUGUCCCUCUGCUAUCCCCUCGAACCAUCCCACCUAAAGCAGAACUACCAGAACCUGAAGGAAGCUAAGAAGAUCAAAGCCUCCCAUCCUGCAGAUACUAACACGUUCAUAGCCGCCACGCGUGGUUCGUCCAACAGUCUUGACAGGUCUCUGCCAUGCCCUGCUACUCCGCCACCGCCCAGGUCGCUUUCCGCUACGCCUGUCGCAUCACAACAGAACGGUACGCUUCGUCGCUACGGCGGUCACAUAUACAGCACACAGAGCGACGGCUCCAGCGAUGGUGGCUACUGUGGUACCCCACCUCGGGCGGCAUCUAUGGACGCCCUGGACUCGCUCGCCGAACUGUCCCUGGCAGAUUCGCCACUAGAGCCUGACAGCCAGUCGCGCGAGUCGCUUCUGACACCAAAGUCCCUGAUGGAACGCGCUAGGAUGAAUGUUGGCUGGCUAGACUCGUCCCUCUCCAUAAUGGAGCAAUAUGUCCGCGAAUGGGAUACGCUGCAGCUUCGCUUCAAGUUCUACUCGUUCUUUGACCUGACGCCGCGCGCCCAAGACGCGUCGAGGCUCAACCAGCUAUACCAGCAGGCCCGUUGGCAGAUCCUCAACCAGGAGGUGCACUGUACUGAAGAGGAAAUGCUACUCUUCGCCGCUUUACAGCUGCAAAUAGAGCUGCAAACCUUAACCGGUGGUGGUCUAGAAGCAGCAGACGGAUCCAAUAGCAGCGGUGCUGCUGCUGCACCCGAAGACGAGAUCGAUGCAGCCCUCAGCGAGUUGCAAGUACAAUUAGAAGGCGGUCCGCCGGCACGUCCCGAUAUAACCCAUGUACCAGAAUUAGCUGGUUACUUGAAGUAUAGGGGACGUCAGCGUUUCACGCUGCGCGCCUACAAACGUGGCUGGGUCUCGUGUCGCGACGGAGUGCUGCGCAUACACAGCUCUCGCGACGCCGCUGCUAAGGGCGACCCGCCCUCUUACCACGUCGAACUGAGAGGAGCUGAGGUGACACCAGACGCCCACCCCGCUUCUGGUCGAUACGGCAUCAAAUUAGAAGUGCCUUCAGAAGACACCAUGCACGAAAUGUGGCUGAAGUGUGAAAACGAAGAUCAAUAUGCCGAUUGGGUAGCUGCGUGCCGACUUGGUUCACGAGGUCGUUCGUUGGCCGACGCGUCUUUCUCAACAGAGGUGUCAACUGUAAAAUCGCUGCUGGCGCUGCAGAGGCCGCAGCCGGGAGCGGCAUUGAACCAGCACAGCCUGCCGCACCUCGACCACUUGCAGCCGGAAAAUUAUUUAGCCCCGCGAUUCCUUAAGAAGCUUAAAAGCAAGUUCACCCAACGCGUGCUUGAAAGCCACGCGAACGUGAAAGACCUUCCGCUGCUGGAGGCUAAACUUCAAUAUAUCAAGACCUGGCAGAACUUGCCGGACUACGGCCAGACGCUGUUCGUGGUUCGCUUCAUGGGCCACCGUAAAGAUGAGAUCAUCAGCAUCGCCAACAACCGCAUUAUGCGACUGGACCCUAACACCGGAGACCACAUCAAGACCUGGCGGUUCAGCACUAUGAAGGCCUGGAACGUAAACUGGGAGAUAAAGCACAUGAUGGUGCAAUUCGAGGAGGGAAGCAUCAUAUUCUCAGUCCAGUCCGCUGAUUGCAAAGUAGUCCACGAAUUCAUUGGAGGCUACAUCUUCCUCUCGAUGCGUUCAAAAGACGCCAACCAAACUUUAGACGAAGAACUAUUCCACAAAUUGACCGGUGGAUGGACAUAA